CACGUGAGCGCCUCCCUGAGUCACGUGCUGCCUCUUCCUGCGGCUGCAGCCGGGGGUUUCUGGCCUCACGUAAUUAGUAGCUGGGCAUCUCGCAUCGGUAACAUUUACUCAUUGAAAAAAAAAAAGGGGAAAAAAAAGAGAGAAUUAAAACUAUCAGUCCAUCAUGUCUAUUUUUCCAGAACUUUAUUUCAAUGUAGAUAAUGGCUACCUGGAAGGGCUGGUCCGGGGCUUCAAAGCCGGAAUCCUGACGCAAGAAGAUUAUCUUAACCUAGUGCAGUGCGAGACGUUGGAGGAUCUAAAGCUGCAUUUACAAAGCACUGAUUAUGGGAAUUUCUUGGCCAAUGAAGCAUCUCCUCUUACAGUGUCAGUUAUUGAUGAUAAGCUGAAGGAGAAGAUGGUGGUGGAAUUUCGUCAUAUGAGGAACCAGUCUUAUGAACCAUUGGCCAGCUUUAUGGAUUUCAUCACGUACAGCUACAUGAUUGACAAUGUAAUUCUUUUGAUCACUGGUACUUUGCAUCAGCGAGCAAUCUCUGAGUUGGUGCCUAAAUGUCAUCCUCUGGGAAGCUUUGAGCAAAUGGAGGCAGUCAACAUUGCCCAGACCCCAGCAGAGCUUUACAAUGCCAUCUUGGUAGACACUCCCUUAGCUGCGUUCUUUCAAGACUGUAUAUCCGAACAAGAUCUGGAUGAAAUGAACAUUGAAAUCAUUAGAAACACUCUGUAUAAGGCAUAUUUAGAAUCUUUCUACAAGUUCUGCUCCACAUUAGGAGGUACAACUGCAGAUACCAUGUGUCCCAUCCUUGAAUUUGAAGCUGACAGAAGAGCCUUCAUCAUUACCAUUAACUCUUUUGGUACUGAGCUGUCUAAAGAAGAUCGAGCAAAGUUGUUUCCUCAUUGUGGCAAACUCUACCCUGAAGGUUUAGCCCAGCUGGCCAGAGCUGAUGACUACGAUCAGGUCAAAAGUGUAGCAGACUACUAUCCUGAGUACAAGUUGCUGUUUGAAGGAGCUGGCAGCAAUCCAGGUGAUAAAACAUUGGAAGACAGGUUCUUUGAGCACGAGGUGAAGCUGAAUAAGCUUGCAUUUCUGAACCAAUUUCACUUCAGUGUAUUCUAUGCCUAUGUGAAGCUGAAAGAGCAAGAGUGCAGAAACAUUGUGUGGAUAGCAGAGUGCAUUGCUCAGAGACACCGAGCAAAGAUUGACAACUACAUUCCAAUUUUUUAACUCCUGCAGUAGAAAGUGGAUUUUUACCAUUCUUGUUUAAUUGGCACAAGAAUGGUUGAAGUCAGAACAAAAGCAGAACUGGGUAUUGUUAUGUAGGUAAUUCUCAUAAUUUUAAAUGAGUUGCUGUUCUUUUAUAUGUUUAAUCUUAUUUAAAGGGGAUAAAAAAAAAACCUUUAAAUGUUCCGCAGUUGUUUCAGUUCAGUCAGGGGGCCCUAAGCUGUGGGUGUGUGUGUGUGGGGAUACACCAAACUUCCUAGGUGUCAAUCUGGAGAUUAAAUCAAAGUCUCUGUGGUUUUUUAUAUAGUAAUUUGUUUUUUUUCUGGAGAAAAACCAGAGAAUUGCAAGACGAAAAUCUUUUGAAGUCUUUAAACAGGCAAUUUGUGUUGCUAAUGGAUAAUUGUAUGGUGAUGUAAAAUGUAACAAAAUCACUUAAGUUUGCUAGUGUGACCACACUUUUAUCAGUCAGGAUUUGUUUCAAGAUAUUUUGAUGGAGAAGGGAAGUACUACAUUAACUGUUCAUUCAAAGUAAGACGGAUAUUGCUUAGUUGAGUUUGGCCCUGCGUUGUCUUAGUACCUUGAGUUGUAGACACAUCCUUCUUAAAAUAAAGUUUCCAUCAGCAUUGCAUAUUUAAUGCAAGUGGAAUUUAAGUACUCAAGUCCCUCAUUUUCUGUAUAACAAUCAUGUUUUUUAUUGAUUAUUGUAAGCAUCAUGCAAAUAAGUAUCUCGAUUUUCUAGACCAUGGAUGCCAAAGCAUUUUACCCACAGAGACAUAAUAAUUAGAAAUAAACAUUAAGUAGAUUCUGAUGGUUGUGGACCCUCCCACCCACUCUGUUUUGAUGUGGCGCAUGAUAGCUCAGUCCACACUGACCUUUCAGUCUCCAGCCAGACGCCAACACGACACUACUCUAAAUCAGCGUCACACACGUGCUUGCACAUUACUUGUGUUUGAGGAGUCUUUGUUCUCUGCAACUGUUUUUUUCUAUGUUACUCAGUAGCGCGUAUAUGGUGAAAAUAAAAAAUGAAAUUUCAUUGGUGUAACUCUGUAAAUCGUAGCAAUGAUAUGAACUCUAAAGGCCACGGAAAGGGCCAGUUAAAAAAUUGUGGGGCCUUUGAUUUUGAUAUGUUUGAUUGAUAGGCACCUAUGCAAGUUGUGUUUGUUAGUAUGGGAUCUGACAUAAUGAACAGCAUUGCAGUACAAUGUAAUGCCUUUAUUUUUGUUCAGAUGAUUCUUUACAUGUUUUUUUUUUUUUUUUAAUUUGAUGAAAACAAGACCGGAUUAUUUUAUUUCAACCAGGUCCAUAGAGUCUACUCUAAAUAAAUGAAUAUUUUAAUACCAUUUUUCUUUUUGGGGAAAUUGUUUCUAUAAAUUCUCAGCACACCAGAGUACUUUGCCUCGAAUUUUAAAAGGUGCUGAAUGAUCACUGUUCUGGGACAGUUUUAUGUUUUUAUGCAUGUGUCAUUUCAAAUUGCUGUUUCCUGCACUCACUGUAUACUGUUUACUGUCUAAUUUUGUGUUUGUGAUGUGUGUCUAAAUGGGACCAUUUGCAUUAUCUUUAACCUUUUCAGUAGAAGACCUUUUUUGUUUGGUAUUGUUACUUCUAAUGCUAAAAAUAUUAAUUGCACAGACAAAGCCAACAUUCAUAUAAAUCUAUAUUAAAUCCAGAGCAGCUCUAAAAAAAAAAAAAAAAUACCUGAACCGUUGUAGACUCUGUUAAAGACCGCCAUAUUGAAGGUGUUUCAGAUGGUUCUGUAAAAGGUGAGUGAGGGAAGAAAUUAAUGGCAUGGCCUCAGGGAAUGUAUGUAAAUUAUAUGGAAUAGACGGAAAAGUUUUCACUAAAAGAUAUUAGUCUUUCGAGUUGUAUGUCAAUGACAUAACAGUAUUUAUGUGCAAAUGUAAAUCAGUAAUAAAAUGAUGGUGUACUUGGAAUACACUUUAGCAGAAUGGAAGAGCCCAUGUUCUGCUGCUGUUUAAAAUGUCUGAUUAGCUAAAAUGGUUCAGACUUUUGUCAUGAAUUGGUCCAGCUCUAUGAUGAAUUCUCUACAUGGAAUCCUCUGUCUAGGAGUGACUUGAACAUGCUUUGUGUUUUGCCUUCGUUGCCCUUGUAAAAUUGUAGCUUUUUGAACAAUAAGUUUUAAUUAUUUAAAAGGAAACUUUAUUAAAAUGUAAUAAGAGAUUAUUAUAGUAACUAUGUUAUGACUCUUCAUGAGAACUAUGUGGUGUACAUAUUCAGAUUUAAAUUGCAUCAGCCUAGUGACAGAUGGUCUUUUUAUUCCUUAUUUGUCAAUAUCUGGCAUUUGACUUUACUGUGACAAUAAAUAUAUAACUGAUGUAAAGUGUAAGA